AAAAAUAGGUUCUUACUUAUAUAAAAUAUAUAUACAUAUAAAUAAUUAAUUUAUAAUUUUAAUGGGAUCAUAUAUUUACAUCGAAUUUUCUAAAAAAAAUAUUAUCUUAUUAUUUUAUCUAUAUCAAAUUUUGAACCGGUCCAAAUUGGAACUCACAAAAUAUAAUUUAUUAGUUUAUUGAGUAUUAAUUUAUAGAGGUUCUACUGUAUUUGUUUCCGGGAGGUUUCACCUCUAAAACCAAAACCAUUUUACUCGGGUUUAAACUUUAAAGUUUAAACUAACCUAAUUUCUUAUAGUCAUUCAUUUGAGCAAUUACUCGUGUUACACAGUUUACAAUCAGUAGACAAUUAAACCCUAAUAUAUUUUUCUCAAAAGCACACAGUUAGAACUUGCUUGUUUAUUGAGAAAACAUUCGGUUCCAGCCAACAGUUGCUCACCGGCCUGUUGACUAGUAACUUUUAGAAUUUUACUUCUCCACCUUCAAAUAUCCAAGGGGAAAAAAACAAUUACCACACAAUGAAAUUGCAAACCACACUGUGAAAUUGCAAAUUGAUGAUCUGCUUGUAAUAACCAUAUAGUAAACGUGCGUAGUUGCUAAUAUAAAAGCCAUAUAAAGGUAGAAAUCUUUUGUCCUAAAUAAGGCUAAUUUCGGGGGGAAAGUUCCUAAUAACUGUGAAGCUAACCACGCGGAAUAGAAAAAUGAUAAGAUGAAACAACUUCUUUGGUGGAUGUAAAUCUCAUGGUGGUGCUUCUCUCUCAACUUUGUACGAAGAAUAAGAUGAUAAGAAUUUAGAGAGAGAGAAGAGAUCAUAUGUUGCACAUGAGACUCAUGAAUCCAGAGCACGUGCAAACAAGAGGUUUAUGAAGGAGACAAAGCUAAUGGAGAAAAGGAAAAGCGUGCUUCAACCCAUAGCUAAUAGAGCAUCUCCAACCCAUUGCUAUUUUCACCUCUAUAAUAGCAUUUACAGGUGAAAUUGCUCCAACUCAUCUCUAUUUCUUUCUCUAUAAUAGAGAUCUCUAUUUUUUCCUCUAUUUAUAGAGGAAUAAAUAACAUUCCUCUAUUUUUUACUCUAUAUUUUAGAGAUUGCGAUUUUAGGGGAAUACAUUGGAGCAUAUCUCACCUCUAUUAUAGAGUUCUCCUAUUUUAGAGGUGAAAAUAGCAAAAUACAUUGGAGAUGGUCUAAGGAUUUCAGGUGAAAUAACUUGUUUAGAUUAUUGUACCUCCUUUAAUUUGUUCAUGUUCAUCAUACUCUUUUUAUGCACAUAAUGCACAGGCAUUCCAGGAGAAUGUGAAGCGCAUGACUGAUGAUAUCAUGAUUGCCCUAGAAGUUGAAAACAAUAUCAUCAGAUUUUUAUUGCAGACAAAAUUUUGUUAUCAAUCGUAUAAUGUAAAGCUGGAUAGAAAGGUGGAGAUAAAAAUUCCUGUUAAUGUAAAAAUUCUUAAGCAAGUUUCACUUUGUAAAUAUAUGAUAGCUCGUAUCGCUAUGCAAGUUCUUAUGAUUAAAAAUGUAAAGACUCUCUCCCAAACUCCCAAGUCCCAACGCUAUAUUUUAGUAUAGUUAAACAAUUCAGUGGUAGCUAAACUUUUGAGUAAUAAUAUAUUUUCAAUGAAAUUAAGAAAAUCAGAAAAGCAUAAAUUUCACUAAAAUGUAAGAAUCCAGAGAGCUUAUAAAUAUAAUCUUACAUUUUAAAAAACAACUUACCAAUAACCCCUAGGUAAUUGUUGAAAAAUAUCUCCAUGCAUGAACCAAACAAACCUUUAGUUAUACAAUAUCAUGGGCGCAAAAAGCAAAACCAAACAAACCUUUAGUUUCGAAAUUACGCCGAAACUUGGCGACGUCGAUUACAUUUACUUUCUCUAUGGUCGGUAGGUGUCCAGCGUCCUAAUAAUAUGUAACCAUGAUUAACAGCCAGUCACAUCUACCUAAUCUCCCUUAAUCAAUCAUUGUUAAAUAAAAAGUUGACGUCCACAACCUAAUCCACAAUCCUUUAGCUUUUUAUGUUUUCUAUCUCACAAAAUGAGACAAUUAUGUUCACUCACAAUUAAUUAAUAAAUAAUGCCCACAUGAAAAUGUUUAAAUGUCGGAUUGGGCAGUUCAGCACUGACCUUGCUCGGAAUAAAACUGAAACUCGCCAGACUAGUCUUAACUAAAACUUUCAUGGCUAAUUUAAUUCGGUCGGCUGAAUAUUCCACAGUAUCCUGAACAUUAAAAUACAUGGCAUGUCGACAUAUCAUAUUAAUAUACAACACGUGUAAAUGUAAUGGUAGAGUCGAAAAUAUGCUAGUGUUAUGAAAAAUUUAAUUUGUUGAGCAGAGUGUUAAAAUCUUUAAAAAUUUCGGCUAGCCGUCAAAUGAAGAAGAUGUUCACACGAUGGGUCUUUCAUCGACAUAAAGAGGAUGACUUGAAAACAAACAAAAAUUCAACUUUAAAAAAGAAAAUCUUUUUCAAAAAAAAGAAAAACAAACAAAAAUUCAUGAUCAUAAGCGAUAGUAAACAAAAAGUGGCCGGAAACGGAAUUGCGUAAUACAUAAGGGUCGCUUUCGCAAAACCCUUUAUCGUCACUGUGCAAAAAGAAGUUUGGGUUUGACACUAGUGAGUAUAAUGACUAUUGAGCAAUGGAGUCAUGACCCGGUCUCCACUAUUAUGACAUUAUUAUACUUUAUCCGUUUGAUAUAUCCCUAUGGAAAAUAUUAGGUAAAAAAACAUCUUUAAAAAAAAUUCUAUAAUUUCAAAUAUAAAUUUUUUUAUUCUCCAAAAAAAACUUUAAAUUUAGAAUUUUAAAAAGUGAAACUUCAAAAUGGAAUCAUGACCCGGUCUCCACUAUUAUGCCAUUAUACUUUAUCCGUAUGAUAUAUCCUUUCGGAAAAUAUUAUAUAUAAGAACAUUUUCGAAAAAAAUUCUAUAACUUCAAAUAUAAAUUUUUUUUGCUCUCCAAAAAAAAGUUUCAAAACUUUAAAUUUGAAGUUUUAUAUUUUUAUUUAUAUUUUGGUCUUUAUAAUUAAUCACACAUUACAUUAUGAUUCUUAAGUAUUUUCUCAUUUAUCAUAUUAUGAGUCACUAUUAUGAAUUAGUGAGUGAAUCAAAUUAUAACGUUUUCACGAUUAAGUGUUCUCAAAUAAUAUAAUGAUAUUUGAAUAUAUAUAUAUAUAUAUAUAAUUUUUGUAAAAUUUUAAGGAAACUUUUUUGAAUUUUAUAGAUAUUAUACAUAUUUAAAUACGCAUAUAGUCAAUCAAAAAUAUAUCAUAUAUAUUUAGAAAGAUCCUACUAAAUAUACAUAUAAGUGACAUUCAAAAAGUCGAAUUACAGGUUUACGAAGACAUUUUUGAAUUUGAGAAUUUUUUUACAAUUGCAUGACGUUCCUAAUUUAAAAAAAAUAAUUUUCCAAAAAAAAUCCAGAAAAAUGAAUAUUUGAAGGAAAAAAAUUAUUGAAAUUUUUUUUUCUACUUUUUAUAUUUAUUUAUUACAUGUAUUUAAUAAAUUAAUUAAAAUAUAUAAAUAAGUAUGCAAUUGUUAUUUACCCCUUAAAUAAAACUUAGUUAGGUCACUUUAAUAUUUGAGAGAACAAAAAAACAAAAAAAAGAGGUUGAGAUUUGGCCUAAAAAUAAUUGGUACGUAUAUUAAGUUUAUGUAGAUUCAUAUAUUUAUUUAAUGAUUUAAUCAUAACAAUGGUAUGUACAUAAGUCUUCUGGUAUUUUCAACCUCUCUUAUAUGGAUUAGAACAAAAAUAUGGUCGGAGAAGAAAAAGAAAUUGAAAUCCCCGUCGGCGAGAAUUGGCGCGACUCCAGAUCAAUAGGCUUUCACUGAUCCAUCACCUUCACAAUAAAAAUAAAAAACAUUUUGGGUUUAGUCGUCUCUAUAAAUUCACAGCAUUCCUUCUGACUUUCUAAAAUCACUCAAAAGUCUUUCUCACUCAUUAAUCUCUUCUCUCUCUUUUUUUUUGCUAAGUCAAUCUUUUCUCUCUCUCUUCCACGAAGCUACACAGCUCGCAGCAACGACAUCAGGAUGUUGGAGAAAAAGGUUGAGACUUUCAACAUGAACAGAGUCAUCGACGAGUUCGAGGAAAUGACAAGAAAUGCUGACCAAGUCCAGAAACAAACCCUCAAAGAGAUUCUACACAAGAACCAAUCCGCCAUCUACUUACAAAACUUUGGUAUCAAUGGAAACACAACUGACCCAGAAGCUUUCAAAGCAUUGGUUCCAUUAGUCACUGAUCUUGAUUUAGAGCCUUACAUCAAAAGAAUGGUGGACGGUGACACUUCUCCUAUUCUCACAGCCCUUCCCGUUCCAGCCAUCUCCUUAAGCUCUGGAACUAGUCAAGGCCGUCCUAAGUUUAUUCCUUUCACCGAUGAGUUAAUGGAGAACACAUUACAACUCUUUCGCACUGCUUUUGCCUUCAGAAACAGAGACUUCCCAAUUGAUGACAACGGGAGAGCUUUGCAGUUUAUCUUCAGCAGCAAGCAAUACAUAUCAAAAGGAGGUGUCCCUGUCGGAACAGCAACCACAAACGUUUACCGUAACCCUAACUUCAAAGCAGGGAUGAAGUCUAUACAAUCACUUUGUUGUAGUCCCGACGAAGUUAUCUUCAGUCCAGAUGUCCAUCAAGCCUUGUAUUGCCAUCUCUUAUCCGGAAUCCUCUUCAGAGACCAAGUGCAAUACGUCUUCGCCUCCUUCGCUCACGGUCUUGUCCACGCGUUUAGAACCUUUGAACAGCUUUGGGAAGAGAUCGUUACCGAUAUAGAAGACGGCGUCUUGAGCAGCCGUAUCACCGUCCCAGCGGUACGUACCGCAAUGACCAAGCUCCUCAGGGGUCCUAACCCUGAGCUAGCGGAGACUAUACGAACCAAGUGUAUGAGUUUGAGCAACUGGUACGGGUUGAUCCCCGCGCUGUUCCCGAACGCGAAGUAUGUUUAUGGGAUCAUGACUGGCUCCAUGGAGCCGUAUGUGAAGAAGCUGAGACAUUACGCUGGUGAGCUACCUCUUGUGAGUCAUGACUACGGUAGCUCCGAAGGAUGGAUUGCUGCUAACGUUAGGCCGAGACUGUCUCCUGAGGAAGCUACUUUUGCUGUGGUUCCGAAUCUUGGUUACUUCGAGUUUCUCCCUGUGUCGGAAACAGGGGAAACAGAGCAGGAACCACCGGUUGGUUUAACUGAAGUCAAGAUAGGACAAGAGUACGAGGUUGUAAUAACUAACUACGCAGGGCUGUAUCGAUACCGGCUUGGUGACGUUGUAAAGAUCGUUGGUUUCUACAACAAGACUCCUCAGCUCAAGUUCAUAUGCAGGAGAAACUUGAUUCUCUCCAUCAACAUCGACAAGAACACUGAAAGAGACCUUCAGAUGUCUGUUGAAUCGGCAGCAAAGAGGCUAGCAGAAGAAAAAAUUGAAGUCAUUGACUUCUCAAGCCAUGUUGAUGUAACGACAGAGCCAGGACAUUACGUUAUAUACUGGGAGAUUUCAGGCGAAACAGAGGAUGAUGUUCUUCAAGAUUGUUGCAACUGUUUAGACAAAGGGUUUAUUGAUGCUGGUUAUAUGAGUUCGAGGAAGUGCAAGACUAUUGGAGCUUUGGAGCUGAGAGUUGUCGAGAGGGGAACUUUCAGGAAGGUUCAAGAACAUUUUCUUGGGCUUGGUUCAUCGGCUGGACAGUUUAAGAUGCCGAGAUGUGUGAAGCCAAGUAAUGUUAAGGUUCUGCAGAUUCUGUGUGACAAUGUGGUGAGUAGGUUCUUUAGCACAGCUUUUGAAUGAAGUUGUGAAAUCAAGAAAAUUGUCUUUAUUAUCAAAUAAUUAUAGUUACUUUUGAUAUUUGAUUCAGCAUAAAGAGAAAAUUUUUUUAUAUUUAUAAAUGUGUUCAAAAAGAAAAUUAUAAAUCGAAGAAAUAUGUGUCGCAGUUGGUUUA